AUGGCCUUUAAACUGAGUUUGAUUACUUUUUUGGCUUUAAUAGCUGUGGGAAUGGCUUUAACUACAACAAAAGCAACAACAACGACCACCAAGCCCAAUAAUAUAAAACCAAAGGAACCCCUAGAUAGACGUGACAAACGUCAGUUGAAUAAAGCCCAAACAAGCUUGGCUGGAGCCAAUGGCAACUUUCCCAUCUUCUUUGACGGUGUCAAUGUGAAUCCCCAGCCUCUGCAGCCCCUACAGCCACUUCCCCCCCUUCAACAGCUGCAGCCCCUGCAGCCCAUCACUGUGGUAACCCCGGUGGCCUCCAACUCGAAUGCCCAGAGCCAGCAGCCUCAGAACGGUUGGUUCUCCGGUUUUGGCCAGAAUCUGCCCGUCAUCGGCACUCUCGUUGGAGGACUGCCCAGCCUGAUCAGUGGCCUGGGACUGGGCUCCAUGAACGGGGGCUUCGGCACCCUGGGCGGUCUGAAUCUUGGCAAUCUGGGCCUGGGCACCGUCACGCCGGUGGUGGCGGCUCCAGUGCAGCCCGCACCCAGCUCUCAGGGCAGCUGCCCGCUAACCCAGAAGCUGAGUUGCCGCUGCGAGCCAUUGAUCCAGCUGCCGGGACUGAAGCCCAUCGGUAGCGGCGGCGCAGGUCCUCUGAGAUCCCAGCUGGUGCAGAUCCAGCGGCAGAAUGCCCGUGUAAACGAGGAUGGAUCGCAGGAGGUGCGAGUGAUUUUGAGCAGCGGACAUGUGAUCUACCGGCGAAUGGCCAAGGACAUGGGCCAGAGCGGCUACAUAGCCAUGAAGAUUCAGUCGGGCAAAUACCUAACCAUCUACUACAGCGUCAACAGGGAGGAGUACUCGGUGCGGGCGGACGUUAAGGAUGCGCCGCCCACCUCGGAUUUUGAUGAGGAGCUGAGUGGACAGUUUUAA